CUAUCCACCGCUCCCACUUUUGUGUUAUCCCCUUCGGUUUUCUUCAGACCUUGAAACCUCUACUAGUCUACUCCCAUCUCACAGAUCCAUUCAGAUGUCCCUCCGCUUCUCAUCCCCCUCCAAUCCCCUCCUCCUCCACUCCCACGCUCAUUUCAUUCCUCUCCCCUUUUCCUCUCCCAUUCUCCACAUCUCACCCAAACCCAAAACUUUAUCCCUAACCAUCACCGCCGCCUCCUCCUCGCAGCCUCUGACGGCCCAACCCACAAUCACUCCCUCCUUCCGUACCAAACCCCCUCACCAAGUAAACAUCCUCGUUGUGGGUUCCACUGGUUACAUCGGCAAGUUCGUCGUCAAGGAGCUGUGCCGCCGUGGCUUCAACGUCAUCGCCAUCGCUCGCGAGCGCAGCCGUGAUGACGCAAUCCGUCAGUUCACGGGCGCCACCGUUUGCUUCUCCGACGUCACCGACGCCGCCGUAUUGGAGCGCUCCCUCGACUCUCUCGCCCUCCCAAUUGACGCAGCCGUGUCCUGCCUAGCCAGCCGUUCUGGCGGCAUCCAGGAUUCCUGGAAAAUCGACUACGAAGCCAGCCGAAACAGCCUCGCCGCCGCCCGCCGCCAUGGCGCCACUCACUUCGUCCUCCUUUCCGCCAUCUGCGUCCAGAAGCCACUCCUCGAGUUCCAGCGCGCAAAGCUCAAGUUCGAAGCAGAGCUCGCCGAUGAGGAGGCCAAAGAUCCUACGUUUAGCUACAGCAUUGUUCGUCCGACGGCGUUCUUCAAGAGCCUGGGCGGGCAGGUGGACACGGUGAAGGAUGGGAAGCCUUACGUGAUGUUUGGCGACGGCAAAAUGUGUUCUUGCAAGCCCAUAAGCGAGCAGGAUCUUGCUUCAUUCAUCGCAGACUGCGUGGUGGACGAGACCAAGGCAGGGAAGAUUCUUCCGGUGGGGGGCCCGGGAAAGGCAUUGACGCCAGUUGAGCAGGGGGAGAUGCUUUUCAGGCUGCUCGGCCGGGAUCCUAAGUUUGUGAAGGUGCCAAUAAGUUUGAUGGAUUUCGUGAUCGGAGCUUUGGAGUUUUUGGCGAAAGUAUUUCCGGCCUUGGAGGAUGCGGCGGAGUUCGGGAGGAUUGGAAGGUACUAUGCGGCGGAGAGCAUGCUGGUUUUAGAUGAGGAGACUGGUGAGUACAGCGCUGAGAAGACGCCGAGCUAUGGGACUGACACAUUGGAGGAGUUUUUUGCAAGAGUGGUAAGGGAGGGGAUGGCAGGACAGGAACUAGGAGAGCACAGCUUUAAUUUGCAGGAAAAAAAAAUCGCUUUAGAAGACUAGUUCUUGUGUUAGUUAGAUGAGGAUUCUUUUGUCCUAUUGCUGCAAGUGCUUUACAUACAAAUUUAUUUUAUUUUUGUUUC